CGGGCCGGGCCGGGCCGGGCCGGGCAGGGCAGCCCGAUGGUCCGGACGCUGGCCCUCGCCUCCCUCUUCUUCCCGGGGCUGUUCGCCCUGGGCGCCCUGGGGCUGCGCCGAGCGCUGCCCCGAUGGACCGUGGCCGACUGCGUGCUCGUCAGCGCCAGGUUCGUCUCUUCGGUCCAGGCGGUCCUGGCCACGGUGUCCGGGUUGAUUAUCGUCUCCUCCUGCACCAACGUCAUCACUCACAGGCACUGGCUCGCUCACGAAUAUGUUUGGGUUCUGAUCCCCUACAUGAUCUACGACACUCUGGUCAUGUACCUUUGUUACUGGUGCAAGAACAGUGACCAGGACCAGAAAUACUCCCUGAGCAGCAUCAAGAACUUCCUGCGCAAAGAGCGUCUCAUGGUCGUGCACCACGUCUUCAUCUUGGUGGUCCUGGUGCCCAUUGCCCAGUACCUGCGGGGAGAACUUGGAGACUUCUUUGUGGGCUGCAUCUUCACGGCCGAAUUGAGCACACCAUUUGUGUCACUGGGCAAAGUUCUGAUUCAGCUGAAGCUGCAACACACCCUCCUGCACAAGGUGAACGCGGGCCUGAUCUUGGUGACCUUCUUCACCUGCCGCAUCCUCCUGUUCCCCUUCAUGUACUGGUCCUACGGCCGGCAGCAGGGGCUGCCCCUCCUGCAAGUGCCUUUCCACAUCCCCUUCUUCUGCAACGUGGCCAACGCUUUCCUCAUCGCCCCCCAGCUCUAUUGGUUCAAGCUCAUCUGCAAGAAGGGUGCCCGCCUAUUCGGCUCCUCCCCCGGGAGCAAGGAGCGGUAGUGGCGGCGAGGCUGGGGCAGCGGGCCACGGGGGGCGGCCACCCGGACGUCCCCGUGCCCGGCGCUGCCCCGCGGACCAGAGCCGAGCCUCGCGGAGCCUCGUUCCUGGGGUGGGUCGCGACAGGGAGGGUUCUGGGGGAAUGGUUUGGGGAGGAGCUGCCGCGGGCCCCCUCCCCUGGUGUGGUUCGGGGGUCCGCCCCCACCCGACUGCAGAAGCACUUUGUCCCGGUAACCGCUCUGGCGUCCUGUAUCUUUUAGCGGCUAAGACCCGCCAGCAGCAAGAUGGCGUUCACUCAACCCCGGGGAGGGUUCUUUGGGGUUGCCCCCGCGGGGCCGCACCCCGGGGGCAGGGGAAGGUGGGGGUCAAGGGUCAGCCGGCCACCAAGCUCGGCUCAGCCCCAGGCUGAUGCGAUGAUGCCUAAGCAAGGGGCCGCCCGCCCGCUCACCCUGGGCGCUAAAACGAACUUCGGGUGAGUGGAAAUAAAACACUGACUUCCUUCCCCCCCCCGACGUGCCGGGGACCUCCUCGGGGGGAGGGGGAUGAGCUAGGAUGAUAUCUGCGUGUCUCCUAGACGGCCGGACCCUGGAGCGGGAGGACCCUCCUGGUCUUCCCUACUCCACACUGCCGGGGGGAGGUGGGGAUCCCCAUGUGGCACCUGCCCUGGCCUUCAACCCCCGUGCAGCUCUAGCUGCCCCUAGUUUCCCUCAGCGCUCUGUCCCCACCACCCCAAGCCCUCCCCCACAAGGGAAGGGGAGACGAAGUGUGCACACAGGUGGGGCCAGCUGACUUUACGGGCGUCUCCAACUCUUGGCAAAAUCUCCCCGAGACCCAGAAACACUAUUCCCUUCCCAGCCCAGCCUCCUCCUAACCCCAGAUCCCAGCCUUCUGGGUGCUCCUGCCAGGGGCGACCGUUAGGCCCGAGCCGAGAGCGGGGUCUCCGCCGCCGCAUCCCAGGGGACGCGGUGACGGGAGGGGCCGCUGCUCCGCCGUCGCCUUCCUCCACACCGACGCCAACAGGUCGGUCUCGUGACCAACUCUUCCACUCGCCCACACCCCAGGAUCCUCACACCCGGACUGCAGACGCACCCCUCCUCCCCGCCCCACGAAGCCGCACCCCGGCCGGCAAGUUCUCUGCAGCCUAAACCUGCGACCCGGGAGUCUGUCGGACAGGUGUGCUUUGGGGCCUCGGGCGGAAAUAACCACUGGGAGUGCCCUCCCCCUCGUGAAGUACCCAGCCUUAUCCAUUCCCCACCGUCGUCACACACAGAGCUCUAGUGCCAACAUUAAACAGGUCUCAAAGGGAGGGUGUGCUUUAGUAAUGUUCAGUGGUGAAGUGUUUUUUAAAAGCUAGGGUAUUUUUUUAAUGGUGUCGUCUUCUGUCCCAGCGGUGUCUUGUUCUUUCCCAGUAAUGGUGCGUAGCAGUAAUAACGUCGUUCCCCUCUCGGAUUACUGCCGUUUUAGGAUCGGCCUAAUUGGUGCCGUCUUUUUAAACUUGUGAAAUGGUGUGCGUGUUGCAGGUGUGUCUUGCCGUCUCGUGACCAGUAAUCUGUCUUAAAGAAAAACAAAAGGGCCUCAUGGUAAUAAAAUUGCACUAAUGUUUCCUUUCUUGCUACACCCAUUGUUAAGGAGACCAAUAAACGUUUCGUCUCGGAACCAUCCACUAACGAA